GGAGGGGAGCAGGCCAAGGGGCUAUAUAACCCUUCAGCAUUCAGCUUCCCUGAACACCACCCAGACCGGAGAAGCCCAGCCAAGCACUGUCAGGAACCUUGUGAAGCAGCUCCAGCCAUGUGUGAAGAAGAGGACAGCACCGCCCUGGUGUGUGACAAUGGCUCUGGGCUCUGCAAAGCUGGCUUUGCUGGGGACGAUGCUCCCAGGGCUGUUUUCCCAUCCAUUGUGGGACGUCCCAGACAUCAGGGGGUGAUGGUAGGAAUGGGACAAAAAGACAGCUAUGUGGGUGAUGAAGCCCAGAGCAAAAGAGGAAUCCUGACCUUGAAGUACCCUAUAGAACACGGCAUCAUCACCAACUGGGACGACAUGGAAAAGAUCUGGCAUCACUCUUUCUACAAUGAGCUUCGUGUUGCCCCAGAAGAGCAUCCAACCCUGCUCACAGAGGCGCCUCUGAACCCCAAAGCCAACCGGGAGAAAAUGACCCAGAUUAUGUUUGAGACUUUCAAUGUCCCAGCCAUGUAUGUGGCUAUCCAGGCUGUGCUGUCCCUCUACGCCUCUGGACGUACAACUGGCAUCGUGCUGGACUCUGGAGAUGGAGUCACCCACAACGUGCCCAUCUACGAGGGCUAUGCCCUGCCCCACGCCAUCAUGCGUCUGGACCUGGCUGGCCGAGAUCUCACCGACUACCUCAUGAAGAUCCUGACCGAGCGUGGCUAUUCCUUUGUGACUACCGCUGAGCGUGAGAUUGUCCGUGACAUCAAGGAGAAACUGUGCUAUGUAGCUCUGGACUUUGAAAAUGAGAUGGCCACUGCUGCGUCCUCCUCCUCCCUUGAGAAGAGCUACGAGCUGCCUGAUGGGCAGGUGAUCACCAUUGGGAACGAACGCUUCCGCUGCCCAGAGACCCUGUUCCAGCCGUCCUUCAUUGGUAGGCAGCAAACACCCCUUUCCUGGGGAGGGGACUCACCCUAUUCCCCCAUGUCCAACCAGCCCUUGGCUACCAAUACCCUUCUGCACAUGGAGACAUGGGACAGGGGCCCAAAGACCAAAAGCAUUUCCAAACCAGGGAAAGAGAAAGUGUCACAUUUUCAAG